GGAGAGAAGAGGGAGGGAAGGAGCGACGGCGAGCGGACCACAAAACCCUAGCUCGGCAAGGGAGAGUGCGAGGAGAUCGAGGGGGCUUCGGAUUAGAUCUUGGCGUCGGAUCGGGGUUCCGGCGGUGGCGGUGGUGAUCGGAUGGCGGAGGAGGACGGGCGGAGCGAGAGCAGCAACUACACGUCGGAGGACGAGGGCACCGAGGACUACCGACGGGGCGGGUACCACGCGGUCCGAGUUGGGGAUUCCUUCAAGCAGGGCGCCUACAUCGUCCAGGCCAAGCUUGGUUGGGGCCACUUUUCCACUGUGUGGCUCGCUUGGGAUACUGUCCACUCCCGGUAUGUGGCAUUGAAGGUGCAGAAGAGUGCACAGCACUACACGGAGGCCGCAAUGGAUGAGAUAAAGAUCUUGAAGCAGAUUGCGGAGGGUGAUGCUGAUGAUACUCGUUGUGUGGUCAAGUUGCUUGACCAUUUCAAGCAUUCAGGGCCGAAUGGAAACCAUGUGUGUAUGGUCUUUGAGUUCCUCGGAGAUAACCUUCUCACACUCAUCAAGUACACUGACUACCGAGGGAUACCUCUCUCCAAGGUGAAGGAGAUCUGCCGUUAUGUCCUUAUUGGCCUGGACUACCUCCACCGUGACCUGUCUAUCAUCCACACUGACCUCAAGCCAGAAAACAUUCUCCUCAAGUCCAGCAUUGACCCAAACAAGGAUCCACUUCGUUCUGGUGCUCCUCUCAUCCUGUCCACCAACAAAUCUGAAGAACCACUGCCAGCGUCACCAGCUCGGUCCAAUGGGGAGCUCACACAAAACCAGAAGAAAAAGAUCCGAAGGAAGGCGAAGAAUGCAGCUGCUGCUACAUCAAGGAGUGCAGCAACCAUGGCUGGGGAUGCCGAUGGCUCGGAAGAUAAUGGAGACUCGAGAGUGGUAAAUGAUUGUGGUGGCAGUGGUGAGACGCACAGUGGAGCACCACAGGGCCACAGGAGAGGGAUCAGAGCCACGAGAAAGAGGCUAGCAAUGGAGGUAGACCUUUGGUGCAAAAUUGUUGACUUUGGAAAUGCAUGUUGGACAUAUAAGCAGUUCACAAAUGAUAUCCAGACAAGGCAGUACCGAUGCCCAGAGGUGAUUCUCGGGUCUAAAUACUCGACAUCUGCGGACAUGUGGUCAUUUGCCUGCAUAUGCUUUGAGCUUGCAACAGGAGAUGUACUAUUUGAUCCGCAUAGUGGUGAUAAUUUUGACCGAGAUGAGGACCAUUUGGCACUGAUGAUGGAGCUUCUUGGGAUGAUGCCUCGUAAGAUUGCCUUGGGUGGUCGAUACUCUCGUGAAUUUUUCAACAGGUAUGGCGAUUUAAGGCACAUCCGCCGCUUGAGAUUUUGGCCCCUAAACAAAGUGCUCAUGGAGAAGUAUGAAUUCAGUGAGCAAGAUGCCAACGACAUGGCCGAUUUUCUUGUUCCCAUACUAGACUUCAUUCCUGACAAGCGUCCCACAGCCUGCCAAUUGCUUCAACACCCAUGGAUUGAUGCAGGGCCACGAACACAGGAGCCAAGUCUAUCUGUCUCAAAUCAAAACCAAUCUUCAAAGCAUGGUGAUUCAGAGAAACAGAAGGUGGAGAAAGAUGAAAGGGAGGCAAUGGCAGUAGGACUGGGGAAUAUCGCCAUCGAUGUAUCAUCCAAUUCAGUAAAAGAGCCUCAACCUAAUAGCAAACCAACCGAAGCAAAUGUUACAUCUUCUAGAUAGCCGAUUCUUGUUCCAGACUACGAGCAAUAUAAGGAUUUUCAUGUGUACAUUUGAUAACAAUAUGAUUGAUUACUCCAUCUUGUUUGAGGUGUGCUGCUGAUGAGUGUAAAAUGGAAACCUUUUAGGUGUUAAAAUUCA